AUGCUCAACCAACUGAGCCACCCAGAUUCUCUUUGUGGCCAGAUGGGUUUGUAUGGACAAGCUUGUCCAUCUGUAACUUCAUUAAGGAUGACAUCUGAACUGGAGAGCAGCCUAACAUCUAUGGACUGGUUACCACAGCUCACCAUGAGAGCAGCCAUCCAAAAAUCUGAUGCUACACAAAAUGCACAUGGAACAGGAAUUUCCAAGAAGAAUGCCCUCCUUGACCCAAAUACAACACUGGACCAGGAAGAAGUCCAACAGCACAAAGAUGGGAAACCUCCAUACAGUUAUGCCAGCCUCAUUACAUUUGCAAUUAAUAGUUCACCCAAAAAGAAAAUGACUCUAAGUGAGAUUUACCAGUGGAUUUGUGAUAACUUCCCAUAUUAUAGAGAGGCUGGCAGUGGUUGGAAGAACUCCAUACGACAUAAUCUGUCACUGAACAAGUGUUUCCUUAAAGUGCCUCGAUCAAAGGAUGACCCCGGAAAGGGGUCCUACUGGGCAAUAGACACCAAUCCGAAGGAAGAUGCACUGCCUACUCGGCCAAAGAAGAGAGCACGAUCUGUAGAACGGGCCUCAACUCCAUAUAGCAUAGAUUCAGAUUCUUUGGGAAUGGAGUGUAUUAUUUCGGGAAGUGCCUCUCCAACUCUGGCAAUCAACACUGUGACUAACAAAGUAACAUUGUACAACACUGAUCAGGAUGGUAGUGAUAGCCCACGCAGUAGCCUUAACAACAGUCUCUCAGAUCAGAGUUUGGCAUCUGUUAAUUUGAACAGUGUUGGAAGUGUGCAUAAUUAUACACCGGUGACAAACCAUCCAGAACCGGUCUCUCAGUCAUUAACUCCUCAACAGCAGCCACAGUACAACCUUCCCGAACGAGACAAACAACUACUUUUCUCAGAGUAUAAUUUUGAAGAUCUCAGUGCCUCAUUUCGGAGCCUUUAUAAGUCAGUUUUUGAGCAGUCACUUAGUCAACAAGGUUUGAUGACCAUCCCUUCUGAAUCUUCCCAGCAGUCCCACACCUCGUGUCCAUAUCAGCACUCUCCUAGCAACACAGUGAGCUCUCAUCCCCACAGCAACCAGAGCAACCUGUCCAACAAUCAUGGCAGUGGCCUCAGCACCACGGGCAGUAAUUCAGUCGCACAGGUCUCACUGCCUCACUCCCAGAUGCAUACACAGCCGUCUCCACACCCAUCCCAUCGACCACAUGGUUUACCACAGCAUCCACAGCGUCCCCAGCACCCGGCAUCGCACCCGCAGCAACAUAGCCAGCUCCAGCCCCCUCACCCCCAGCACCCCUCUCCACAUCAACACGUACAGCACCAUCCGAACCAUCAACAUCAGCCGUUAACACAUCAGGCGCCGCCACCCCCACAACAGGUAUCCUGUAAUUCUGGUGUUUCGAAUGAUUGGUAUGCAACACUUGAUAUGCUAAAAGAAAGUUGUCGAAUUGCCAGCAGUGUUAAUUGGUCAGAUGUAGACCUUUCACAGUUCCAAGGUUUGAUGGAGAGUAUGAGACAGGCAGAUCUCAAGAACUGGUCUUUGGAUCAGGUUCAGUUUGCUGAUCUCUGUUCUUCUCUUAACCAAUUCUUUACACAAACUGGCCUUAUCCACUCACAGAGUAAUGUUCAGCAAAAUGUCUGUCAUGGUGCCAUGCAUCCAGCAAAACCUUCCCAACACAUUGGAACAGGAAAUUUGUACAUAGACUCCAGGCAAAAUCUCCCUCCUUCAGUGAUGCCGCCCCCUGGUUACCCUCACAUCCCACAGGCACUCAGCACUCCAGGAACGACUAUUGCAGGCCAUCACGGAGCCAUGAACCAGCAGCACAUGAUGCCUUCCCAAGCCUUCCAGAUGCGGCGCUCUCUGCCUCCAGAUGACAUCCAGGAUGACUUUGAUUGGGAUUCAAUUGUGUAG